ACAUGUCCUGCUACAACCAGUGCCACCCAUGCCAGCCCUGUGGUCUGACACCGCUGGCCAACAGCUGCAAUGAGUUCUGUGUCAGGCAGUGCCAGAACUCCACCAUUGUCAUCCAGCCCUCCCCCGUGAUGGUGACCCUGCCUGGACCCAUCCUCAGCUCCUUCCCACAGAACACCGUGGUGGGCUCCUCCACCUCCGCUGCUGUUGGCAGCAUCCUCAGCUGUGAUGGAGUGCCCAUCACCUCUGGCUGCUGUGACCCCUCCUGCAUCACCACUUGGUCCUGCAGCAGCAGAUGCCGCCCCUGCUAA